UCGUUGUUCGCUCGUUCACCGUUGGAAAAGUUUUGUAUCUGCCGUCCAAGUUGCAUUUUUAAUAUUAUCCUGUUUUCUGCGUAUCAAUCCGGCUGAUCGCGAUUGCAUUUGCACUCAUUUCGAUAAGUAACAUCCGAGCAAGUGAAACAUAAUUGAAUUUGCAUUGUUGUGCAUGAACAUAGUGCGUGAAACGCGGGGACUGUUGUUGCUGUUGCUGUUAUGGUUUAACGCUUUUUUUUCCAUCGCUGCGGGAUUUAUUCGAGUCUUGUGAAAUUUCUGUGAAAAUCCUGUUUUUCUUCGGUUAGCAGCAGGAUGGACGAUUUGCUGCAUAAAUUUAAUGAAAUAAUCCUGCAGACGAUUUCGGCGGAAUCCCGUCUGGAGGAGGAAUUUACGAAAAGCGUCAGGAAACUGGAUGAACAUGUCACGCAAUCGAUCGCCACUGGAACGCCAGUCCAGAGCAAAAAGCGUCCGAAAAGGCUUGAUUCUACAUACGACGGAGGGCACGAAACGUCUACGUCGUCCAAUAGUUCGAUAUGUGCACCCAAGCCGAGUAAUAAAAAGAACAGCCUUCAGGACAAGUCACGGGAAAAGGCACGGUCGUUGGUGGAGGAGAUGGCUGCUGUUGCUCAGCCGCCACCGCCGCUGCCAGUAGCUGAGGAACGCAACCAGGAGAUGGAGACAACGCAACAAGAGAGGCGCCCGCACCGUACAGCUCGGGUCAAGGCCAAUCAGAAUUUGAAGGAACCGAAAUUGGGGACGAAAAUCCGGCAACCGAGCAUAACGAUCAAAAAGGAACGCAUUUCGUUGGAGAUUGCGAAAGAGCAACCGCAAAUAGAGGAACCGAUGGAUAUGGAUGUGGAGAAUGAUGCCAAUGCGAUGAACGGUGUGGUUGAGCAGCAGGAGCAGGAGAAGGAUUCGGAGAAACGCAAGUCUAAUGAUGAAGGAUUUGGAAGCACUAACGAGAAGGAAAGGGAAAUUGAUGAACCUUCAUCGAGAGAAAUGUCUGUCAUUAUUAUACCGAAGCCAAUUACGAAGGUGGAAGUUCUUUCUGAUGACGAGGAUGCGGAAAAGAUGCCACCUCCUAUGUUGCCACCACCUCCGCCGGCCCUGAAAACAAAAACUCGCACGAAAAAAGUCGACAAAUCGAAGGUCAAGGGUUUGGAAGGGGUCCCGGUGGCAAUCAAGCUCGAGAAGGACGCAGCUGAGACGUCUUCAACUUCGGCUGUUUCGUCAGCGGAAUCCACCACUUCGUUCAAUUCGACCAAAAGCUCCAAUCGCGGCCGAAAGAAGAAGACCACCCAGCCAGAACCGGUGGCACAGAUUCACAUCAAAUCGGAAAAACUAUCCACCGACGGUAACAAGAGUGCCAACAAGACGAAAACCGUUGAAACCCCCAAAACGAACAGCCCGGCCCACUCUGACAAGUCCGUUUACGAAGAUGCCUUGGAUGGAGAUACCGUCAUGCGUCCGGUUGCCAUCGCUUUGAGUACGAUGCCGAUGAUUGCCAAUGGCGAAAAGAAUCAGUCCUAUACCAUGGACAAAAAUGGAACCUUCUCGGUUCCGACGUCCAAUGGGACCUUUGUCAUGCCGUCUCCAGUUAAUGGCACUUUCAACAUCAAAUCUCCGGAAAAUGCCGGCAAUGCUACAUUCGAUGUCCGGCAGCUUCCGGGGCCAGGCAAUAGCACCUUUGUGCUGGACAAACCGAAACCGAUCGAAGACCAACAGCGAGCGAUAAACAAUGCCAGCAUCAUGACCGAGGAUAAUUCCCACAUCGAGGAAAGUCCUGAGAAACCACCCCCAAAGGCGAAGAAACCAGCUGUAGCCAAAAAGCCACAAACCGCAAAAGGUUCCAAGAAGCACAACGAGCUCUUCUCGCUUCAGUCUCCGGUCAAGACCAGAAUCGAAGCAUUCGAAAAGGCCGCCGUCGGAUCACCCUUCCAUGCUCGCAGCGGUGCUUCCAACAAAAACACGACCCCAUCCCAACAGGUCCGUUUCCCUUCGAAGACCGCAACCACUCCACUCGCUUCCCAGCGGUACCCAGCGUCGGCCAAGGUCAGCACCACCCAGACCACUCCAACAGCGCAAAACUGUUUCUCACUUUCCAAGGGAAUCUCCUCAUCCGCCUCCAAGUUGGCACAUCUGCAGAAGAAACCCACCCUGGCAUCGGCCAACCUACCCAAAUCGCAGAGUCUUUCCCGGGAGCCAAGCAUCGAACGGGUGGGAACCCUCUCGUCUGCAUCGUCCAGCUCAUCGCUGGCGCUGGAUGAAAAGAAAAAGAAACGUGAAGAGAAGCAACGGCUGGCCCAGCAACAGCGGGAGCAGAUUGAGAAAGAGAAGCGCGAAAAUGCCGAACGGUUGAUGAAGGAAAAGGAGGAGAAACACCGGAAGCUGGUGCAGGAAAAAGAGGACAAACUGCGCGCCGAUCUGGUCAAAAAAGCCAAGAAGAUGGAGGAGUUCGAGAAGAGGCGGCACCUGGAGGAGCUGAACCAGCGGAUGCUGGCCGACCAGAAGCGGGACGAGUUGUCUAAGCUGGAACAGCAGCACAAACUCGAACGGGAACAGGCCGAACUUUUCAAGAUCAACCAAACCAAGGAAAACUACGAAAUCAAACUGCACAAGCAAAUGUACCAGCAGAAGAUGCAACAGCAACAGAAACUCCAACAGGCUCAGGUCCUACAGCAGCAGCAGCAGCUUCAGUUGAAAAAGCAAAAAUCGAACGGCGCAGAAAAGAGCUACUUCACCUUCGACAUGAUCCAAACAGACGAUUCAACCGACGACGAGAGCACCAGUGCCCACAAGAAAACCAAACGUCCCCCGCUGCCGGCGUGGUGUUCCAAGGAAGAACGCAAUCACACCAUCCGGAUACAGCGCGAAAUCAAUCUGAACGUGAUCGAUCUGUUCUACUCGGUGGCCCCGAUGACGCCGGACCUGCGGGAGAUUUUCCCCUCCAUCGAUGCACGCAAGCUCAAGCGAAACUCGAGUGCCGUCUGGCGGACACCGCCGCGGUACUCCCAGAUGCCCAAGUACUGAGUUUAAAUUACUAUUACUACUCUUAUUACUGCUACUUACUAAGCUCUCACUAACAAAAAACAUCCGUGCCGAUCGGAUCCUAUACCCCGUAACCAGGAAUCAUAAGGGUAAUUGUGUGUGUGUUCUUUCAUGUGCCUGUGUCACUUGAACCGAACCCGAUUCGGGCUCUUGUGUUGAUGGACAUUGUUGAAUUUAGAUAGAUAGGUACGUUGAGUUUGUCACGUUUUCGAAGCAAUUUUACACAAAUUGAGCUAGGUGCUCGAAAUCGAAAAUAAAAAAAAAACCUAGAUCAACUAACCCAACUAAAAUUAAACUCAACCAGUACACGAACACGGCAAGCUCUCUCAGUUUUACAUCGUUUGACUUUUGAGCAAAGUUAUUUGUGUGAUCUGAAUUUUAGAAAUCAAUGAUUAUUUGUCUCAUUACGUCGUUCUUUUGUUAAUAUGUUUCCUAAUAUCGCAAAAUACAUUCUAUUAUUCGAAAUUUGAACGUAUUAAGUAUUAAAAAUAAUAAAUUUUGAAUGAUUUUUUUUUGUAAAAA